AUGACGUCAAGGCGCCUCCUUCCGGCUGCCUUGGCCUCUCUGGUCUUGACCUGCUGCUUUGAGGCGUGCGGAUCUUUCCUCGUUUCCUUCUCCCGUAGAACAGUCUGCGAGGCCAAGAAGAAGAGCGGCGGGAAGCAGGGCAGCAGCGGGGAGGCAUCAGACGGCGGGGAGGGGAGAAUGUCUCCUCGCAUUAGGAGCGAUAUCGGCAUCUCCAUGAAGACUCAGCUCAAGAUCGUGAAGGCGUACAGGGAGAUGGAGAGGGCGAGCACCAAGAUGGUGACGAGGACCAAGUUCAGGAGAGCCAAGGCGUCAGGGCCAGGGAAGGAGGACGAGAUGGGGCCGGAGGUUCUCUCCAACAUCUGGGCGAGGGAAGACGUUCCUCCUAUCUUCUUCGUGGAUGGAUACAACGUGAUUGGGCAGUGGAACAAGCUGAAGAAGAAGAGAGACAACGGUGACAUCAGUGGAGCUCGAGACGUCCUCUACGAUGAGAUCUCUCAGUUCGCUCAUUACCGCGGUUGUCAGUGCACGAUCGUCUAUGACGCUGUAGGGUACACGGCUGGACUGCCUAUCACGCAGGCGGAGAUGACACGAGCAGGGGUUGAAGUUGUUUACGUGAGGGACGAGAGUGCAGACACGUACAUCCAGGCGAGAACAGCUGAGAUCUCGACAUGGAAAGAGAAAGAUGGAAUCAAACCUCCGAAGGUCUACAUGUGCUCGUCUGAUCGAGCUAUCUCGGAUAUCGCCACCGGGCAUGGAGCUCUUGUUCUCUCCUCUGCUCUCUUCAUUCAAGAGAUCAAGAGGGCUAAGAAGGAGAUGGAGGGAUCCUACGUUGACCCCAGCCAUGCUUCACUGCAAGGAACCAUGAUCGAGGACAGAAUCCGACCAGAGUCAGCGAGCGCUCUCGUAUCGCUGAUGGAGCAGUUGGAGGGAAGAAAGAUACGAGACUAG